GGCCAUCCCCAAGAUUGCAGAAUGCGGCCUCUCCUGUUCGCAGGGCUUCGCCUGCAAGAGCCGAGUGAACCUGCCCGCGCGCGACCCGAACUCCUCCGGAGCGAGGCGACCCACGCAGAACUGGAAAUGCGGGAAAACCUCAGAAAUGAGGACCGCGUGCGACGAACCUGGGAGGGCGCAGACCGAGGAGAAACUCAAGGCAAAAAGGGGGACGUUUUUAAAAAUAAAGAAGAUACGAACAAACAGAUAAAGACGGCGCGUGAAUGAAUGGCGAGUGCCGCGGACGGGCCAAGGAUGUCCAAAAUACACACGUUGAAGAAGAAAAACCGAGGGCACAGGAAAAAUGCUAAGAGCUACAGAUCUCAGGAGAUUAAUUUUUUUUUCUUAAAACUGGGUAUUAUCAGAGCAAACCAAAAAUACGGAUCCUGUGUACCAAACACCAAAACACACUGUGGUAAAAUGACUGGGCUUUAAAGAGAAAAGUCUUUAGGGCCCGUAGCAAAGCAAGCACACCACUUCCCAUGGUAGGAGCCUCCCCAGCACGGGGCUGCGGUCCUGGAUACCAUUUCCGGCCAGGGGGCCCCGCGAGCAGUGGCCGACUCCCGACUCCCGGUCUGGGCAAGAGAAUGGACCCGAAGAACCGGGACAUCUCGGACCAGAGAGCACAGACGCUCUCAGAGACCACGGUACAUGGGGCGGGCGCGCUCCUCAGAGGAGCAAGUGACUCUUCAUCUCGGGGUUGUGGGGUCCAGCCCUGCGCUGGGUGUAGAGAUUACUUAAAAAUAAAACCUUAAAAAAAAGUACUUGGAACUGACCCAAAGAAGCUCCCAUUAGCCAAGAGAAUAUCAUUUGACCUUAAAAAGAAAGAAAGAAAAAAAGACUUGCAGUAAGUUGCAGCCCAUCUUCUGAGGACGGCCUGGGACCUGCUCGUCAUCCUCAAAAGUGGGAUCAAGCCUUGUUCCUGCCCGUCUCCUACGAACACCGCCUGGGGGUAAGUGUUCCGGCCCGUAGGGAACCAAACGGUAGAAAAACCAUUCUGCAUCCUCCAGUGACGUGAGUGCUGGUGACAGCAUCAAAGCCGGCGGCGGAGCUCCAGACACAGCAUCACAGCACGCCCCCACCCCCCACCAAUCAAGGGCACUUGACACCAGCGCUGGUCCUGCCAACGGACUAUAACCUGAGCACAAUCGGGCCUCCGGGUCCUGCUGCUGAUCAGCCCGAAAUACAGGGUCUGAAGACGGGUGCUGAACUGCACCCUGAGGACGCCUGGCAGACCACAGAGCCCCAUUCUGCAAGGAGGGGCAGAGCUGAGCAAAGCGGCAGACCAGGUAAUCCAAGUUUGGAAAAUGGCAAGCCUCAAGGUUAGUGCGGGAAGAGGCCCCUCUGGACGAUGAAACCAUAAGGGAUAAAGGAAGUCGGCCUGCUGGUUCUGCGGUGAGCGGAGGGGCUUGGACUAGCUGAGGACCCGCCGGCUGGUGCGGAUCGGGCCGUCUGCUCCAUAAUCAUGCACAAAGCUAUGUUUUUGGGACCUGGCUCCAGUCACCAGGACAGUGUGGAGUGGGGAGCCUUGCUUUAGUCCCGGUAGUCACGGGAUUGACUCCCAAGGCUCACACGACGGUACCAGGCUAAUGGGGCCUUCGAGGAAGAUGACUUCUAUCGAGACAAGGAGGGAACAUUUUUAACAGCUUCUGCCGGCCACCACCCUCGUCCGUGUCCCCCUCGGUCCUGGAGGCCCUGACACUCUCCACUGCCAUGAAGUGUGCCCCCCACGACGGCUGCUCCCUGCUCCUGCGCGUGCGGGCCUCCCUCGUGCUGCAUGAGAGCCUGCGGGGCCUGGAGGCCUGCUCCGUGAAUCUGGACACCCAGGAGACUCAGUGUCAGAGCGUGCGGGUCUCCAGAGCCUCCCGCCGCCGGCAGGUAGGGUGGCAGCUGCAGGUGCAUUUUGAUUGCUUCGAAGUGAGCGUGGCUCAGAGCCUCUACGUCACCCUGAGGACCAUCCCCCACUUCUGCGGGGUCCAGCUGGACCAGCAGUACCAUGUGGAAGACUGCGGACACGAGGACGUGGCGGGGAACGUGCCCGUGUGCUUUGCCGGGAAGUUCUCCUACUGGGCGGACCGCAGCCGGAAGGUCAUUCUGGUCCAGGUGCCCGAGGUCCCCGGGGCCCCCGACUACUACGUGCGGCUCUGCCUGAAGUGGUUCACUUGCAACGAUGUGGGUGUCCCCGUGCGGGUGACAGGGAACCGGAUGUCCCGCACCGUCUCUCUGCCCUACAGCCAGGAGCUGCCGUGCCUGUGCCUCGAGGGCUGGUUUGCGACCCCUGACGCCGUGCGGAUGCAGGCCUGUCCCUUCGAAGACGAGACGGAGGCCCUGUGGGAUGCUAUCCGCUACCACCCGGGGGACCGGGCACUGAGCUGGGAGCCCGCAUGUCCCGUGAGCGGCCACGUGAGCCUGUGCUGGCGCCCGGGGCCAGGGGCCCUCUGCCACCACCUGGAGCACUCGGGCCGGCCGGCGCACGGCAGGGUGCAGUAUCCGCUGGUGGACACACAGCCCCGGCUCUGCCUGAAGUUCUCCACCAGCCGCGGCUCCUGGGUGCGAUGCCCUUUCCAAGAGGGACACUUCCAAGGUGAGCUCUCCAAGGGGCCGCAAGGCAGCGAGGUUGGCCGGGGGCCUGUGCUGUGUGGACACAGCAAACACCACUUUCUUCUGGGUUCCUCGGAUGCCUCUGGGUCAGGCAGCUGGGAUGACAGGGAGCUGGUCCGUGGGCGGAAGGAGGGGAACUGGGGGGUGGUGCUGGGCCUCAACCCCCCCACCCACAGCCUGGAAGAUGACCGUCCAGCCAGCCGCCUCUCGGGGCCACCUCCGGGUCACCUUCUUCUCGCCCAGUGCCGCCCAUUUCCAGGUGCACCUGUGUCACCAAAGGAAGACGUGGCCGCCUGCCUGCCGCCCAGGGCCCCGGGCCACGACCCUCGCCCCAGCCUCAGUGAGCCGGAGUGACUUCGUGACUGACCUUGCAGUGGCCUUUGUGGACAUUCCCACGGAAGAGGCUUGUGUCCCCAACACCUGCGUCCAGG